AUGCUCUUUCUAAUGUGCAUAUUGUACCUGUUCUGCUACUCCAAUGACUUACUCAAACAUUCAGCCCGCGAGAACGAGUCCAUCACCCGGACCCGAUGGCUCUUACCCCACUACCGGUACCUCGUCACCUCGUCUAGGGCCGGGAAUGAGAACCGCGGGGAACCUCGGCAGCCCAGGGGUCUUCACCUUGGAGCUCCAAUGACACUUCAAUCCUUACAAGUCAACUACUUUGAGGCCAUCGCCAACAUGUCGGACCGCGUAGCGCAAAUCGCAUCUCACCUGAACUACCCCAAGGGUAUGCUCGCCGGCCAAGUCGCCAUCAUCACCGGCAGCGGACAGGGAAUCGGCGCCGAAGCAGCGCGGCUGUUUGCCAACGAGGGCGCAAAGGUUGUCGUUUCUGACAUUGACGGCAAAAAGGCACAGCAAGUCGCAGACAGCAUCACCGUCGCAGGCGGCCAAGCCAUCAGCGUGCCCGGCGACAUGCUCUCGGCAGACUACAUCACCACCCUCGUCGCCAAAGCAGCAGAGUUCGGCGGCGGCAAGAUCCACCACAUUGUCAACAACGCCGGCUACACCUGGGACGGCGUCAUCCACAAGAUGACGGACAAGCAGUGGGACACCAUCAUCGCGCUGCACUCCACGGCCCCGUUCCGCCUCGUCCGCGCCGCGGCGCCCUAUUUCCGCGUAAAGGACGGCGAGAACCGCUGCGUCGUCAAUAUCAGCUCUACCUCGGGCGUCCACGGCAACGCGGGCCAGGCAAACUACGCCAUGGCGAAAGCCGGUGUUACGGGCUUGACCAAGACGAUUGCCAAGGAGUGGGGCCCUGCGUUUGGUGUGAGGGCGAAUACUGUUGCGUUUGGGUUCAUCAAGACGCGGUUGACGGAUGCCAAGGAGAAGGGUGCGUUUAUCACCGGGCCGGAUGGUGAGAAGAUUGCGCUGGGAAUCCCGCAGGCGCAGAAAGCGGCUGGGGCGGCUGAGCAGGAUGCGCAUGCUGAUAUUCCGCUGCGGAGGCCUGGCUCGCCUACCGAGGCUGCUUCUGCGGUGCUUGCUGUGGUUAGUCCGCUGUUUAGCUAUGUGAGCGGCCAGACGAUCAUGGUGACUGGUGGCCGGAACAUGUAA